UGCAGUUACAGUCGCAAACGGAGAUCAAGAAACGUUUGAGUGCCGACUGAGAAGUUGCCUACAACUCUGAGAUUGCCACUCCUGGAAUCCGUGGAAUGACUGGAUCCAUGUUUCAAAUGAACGUUGUUCUUGGUUCGUUCAUCGCCACCAUCGUGACACUCUUUAUCAAGAAUUGGCACUUGGGGCUUAUGCUUCCCGCUAUUCCCGGGGUUGUCAUUGCUGUUGCAAUUUGGUUCACACCAGAGUCCCCACGAUAUGUUAUGAGAAAAAAGGGAUAUGAUGAAGGAGCUGACGAUCUUACCAAGAUUCGAGGUGGUGACAUCACCGCCGAAGCACAGGAAAUCUAUGAGCAGUUGAAGGCAGAGGAAGAAGCCGGUACCGUAUCGUACGGAGAUCUGUUUUCAGAGCCUAACUUGCGCAAACGUAUGUUGAUUGGGGUCUUCUUACAGAUUGCUCAGCAAUUGACAGGUGUGAACGCAUUCUUGGGAUACGCUUCUACCAUCUUCGCUGCCAUUGGUAUGGACGAUCCUUUCUUAUUCAACAUGAUCUGGAACGCUGUCAUGGUAUUCGGCUGUGCCGUUGGUCUAGGUUUGCUAGAUUCCAAGAUUGGAGGACGUCGCAGACAGUUAUUAAUGGCAACCUUCAUUAUGGGCCCUCCCCUCAUCCUUGGUGCUGUAUCUCUACAACUUGACUGGAACGGCUACGUCACUAUGGUCAUGGUGUGCGUCUAUGGCUUUGGCUUCCAGCUCGCCUGGGGUAUGAUCCCAUGGAUCUAUCCCUCUGAGAUCUUCUCCAUGAGAGAGAAGGACAAAGCCAUGUCGCUUGCUGUAUUCUGGCAGUACUUGUUCAAUGCCAUCAUUGUGUUUAUCACCCCAAACAUGAUGGGUUGGUCCACACCCGGUACCUUCUACGUGUUCGGCGGAUUGAAUUGCAUCAAUUUGGCGUUUGUUAUUCUCUUCAUCAAGGAGACCAAGGGUGUUCCAUUGGAAGGGAUCCCAGCUUUAUUCGGAGCUAAAGCAGGAGUACGCUCUAUGGCCUAA